GCGGCAGGCUUUGUAUAGGCGGAUAUCAUGGCGAAGACUCAUCAGGAAGCCGUGCUGGCUGCUUCAUGUGUGCAGACCCCGGUCCAUCCACACACCCGGACCCCGCUCACCUUGUACGAGAGGCUGGAGGAGGACAAACUGCGCCUGCCACGAGGGGAUGAUGUUAGUUCAUGUUCUGAUGAUGAAGGAGACCAGCCUUUCAUGAUGAAGAGUUCAAAGGAUUGGGUUCUAGAUAUUUCAAGAACUGAUCACUCAGACAAAGAGUAUUACAUGAAGGUGGAGAGACUGAAGGAUGCUCACAUGCAGAGCAUGGAACAGCUGGAGAGAAUGUACAAACAUAAACUUAACCUUAAAGGGGUCCACAGAGGUGAUCCUGUUGUCAAGAGUACUUUUCGGCCAGCAUGGGAGCAGAGACCUUAUCAGCCUGAUGGAUUGGAUAGUUCCUUAUUAAAACCUGACUUUAAUUGGAAUGUGUCCUCUGGGGUAUCAGAAGCAUCUUUUGAGGAGCAGUCUGAUGGAGAAGACAGCUGUGAUACACAGGAUUCUACUUCUGCCACAGAGAAAAUCCUUCAAAUGUGGAAUGGAUUCAGUGUACAGGAUUACAUUAAGGACACCACCUUUGAUAAGCAAAAGUUAAAACAUAAAACUGACAAAGGGAAGCCAAAAGAAUGGUCUCAUAGAGUUACCAUUCCGGAACCUUUUGAGAUGACUAUUAGGGAGUCUAAGAAAAAGGAGUUGAAUGCAAAUGCUAAGUCCAAAUCAGAGAUUGAGUUGGAGAACAAUUUGCUGAAGAAAAGACUGGAAGAAGAGGCGGAAUGUCAAAAGAUGUUCAGAGCGAACCCAGUUCCAGCUUCAGUCUACCUUCCCCUCUACCACGAGAUAAUGGAAAGAAAUGAAGAGAGGCGCAGAUUUGUAAAAGAAAGAAGCAAGGAGAUUCUUUUGGCAUCUCAGAAACCGUUUCAGUUCAAUGAAAGAGAAGAUCGCAAGAAACAAUUCAGCAAGAUUCAACUUGUUGAUCAUGAAUAUUCAGUCAAUCAUUUUAAGCACUUCAAAGCAAGACCAGUCCCAAAAUCUAUAUAUGGGACUUCUGUUAAUGAGAGAUUUAAGGAAGAAGAACUAUAUCGUGGAAUUAGGAUACACAUGAGAUCCCAGGAACUCUUGCACAGCUCCUCUUAUCCUACCCCUACACUGGCUUGUAGGCAUAGCCCAAAAAGUUGCAAAGCAAGAUGUUAUGAACUGACAGAAGAACCAGAGAGGCGGCCUAAGAUAAAUACCCAGAUACCCAAUUUUCAGGUUGUGCAUCAGAACAACCAGAAACGCCUUAAAAAAAAAAAAAAUGCCAAGCAUGUGACCAUCUGUGCCCCUUUUCAACUACAUACAGAUAAUAUUCCAUCUCAUAGGGAAAAAAUUAUCAAGGACAUUGAAGCAGAUGAAGAAAGUUUAAAGGAGACACGUUGGCCUUUUAAAUCUCCUAGGAGGCAGCCACAGAAAAAUUCCUUGGUGGUAUCUCCACGUGAGGAGGCUCAAGUUGUAAGUCCAAGAUCCACAGAAUCUUCCAAAAGAAGAGAACAAGCUAUUAGGAGAAGUGAAAAACAGAGGAUGGAAGAGUACCUGGAAGAGUUGGAUGCAAUGAAAGACCGAGUCUCCCAGACACCCCUCUUACUAGAGAGGGUUCGAAAGGAAAACGCUCGCCUGUGUGUUAAAAAGCACUACUCCAGUGUCCUGAAAGAUGCCAGAUUGCCUGAUGGUUUUGUGUUAACAAAAGGCCAAACAUUCCAGACUUCAGGAUCUUACAAAGGUCCUAAUUCAACAAAGGAAGACAUAGUGAAUUCAGAUGAUGAAGAGGGCUCACAAGGCAUGUUGGAAAUAGAAGAUUUGCAGGGCGAUGGUGAUGAUCAGGAGGACUCUGCCAAUGAAUCUGAAGAAGACAAACAGGAAUAUAGUACCGAUGAAGAUCACACUGAUAGUGACCCUUAA